GGGCUCGAUUCAGUCCCACGUCGCUCGUCGGCCAGCGCGCCCGAACGUGCGCUCACGCGACAUCUCUAUGGGCUACGAUCGACCAGACGAACAUACAAAACUUAAACGUAGCCUUUAUUUCUUACCUAAUCAUUCGAAGAAAAACCGAACGAAUUACGCGAGUUAAGUUUCGAAAAUAUUAAUAAUUCAGGAAGAAAAUGACUCUUAAACUUCACUAUCAAAACUUUUUUCAAUUUAUAAAUUCGUAUUUUCGUGAUUAACGUCUGUACCAAAUUUUAAUUAAUUUCGCCGUUAUUUUUUCAACAUGCAUCUCGGAAAUUUGUAUCGAAACUUAUUUAUACACAAGAAACGACUGAAAAUUUCUAUUCGCAACCUUUAAAAUUUUACACCUUUGUAACAAGAUUUACACGAAUAUAUUAAUAGUUUUGGACAUUAUUUUUAUCCUGAUGUAUUUCUCGGUAGGAAUAAGUCUGACCAAAGACAUUUGAAUAUAGUAAAAGAAUAGACUGUGUUUAAAAUUAAACAUUAAUAGUGUGCUUUCGAGUGUUUUAAAGACAUUGUGUAGUUAUAAAAAUAUAUUUAAAAGUAGAGUCUAGUGAAUGUUUUAGUGUCCCUGUGUGUUUUAGUACUUACUACCGACAUAUAAAAUAAAUUUGGUUGAAAACAACUUCAAAAGGACAAGCGGAAAAUUUUGUACGAAGAAAAUUAUCCUACCUCCUUUACAUGGCUCAAAAUCUUCCCUGUAAAACAUUCCUUACUCCACUCCACGAUUCAAAAAGUCAUAAAAAAGAAACAUUCCACAGAUUUCAUUUUUCACAAAGCCUUGCAAUUGUAACUGUGUAUUAAGAGAAGAAAUAAUAAGACACAUUGAAAGGCUAAGAUAACAGCUAAAAAGAGUAAAACGCGCGUGAACCUCUUCGGAGGGCGCGAGGGGCCGGCGCGAUGCGGUCUCGCCAGGGAUGUACGUAAUAUAUCCUGCGGACGAAGUAGUUUCCCUGACAUACAGCUCGCAUUCGCUGCCACGGCCUCGGCAGCGACCGACCCUCGAUAUUAUCUUCGGGCCACCGCCGCCCGUGCCGUCUAGUGCGAAUUUCCUAACCCCGACCCCCACCCCGCCCCGCGCCGCCUCAGUCCCCAAAACGGCGCCCCCGGAGCCCGCGGAGCGCACGCCGGCCUCGCCGACGCCGUCGCUCGAGCGGCCGGCUAAGCUGCGCGAGCGCACGAAAGCAAAACUCCUCAAAAAACUCGGCCGCCAUGAGGACAAUGAAUUCGGAAAGAUAAUUAGAACCCCCGCCCCCGAUGAAUUCGAGCUGCCCGCACCACUGCCUACCCCCGCAUUUUCGCGGAAGAACAUUUUUGACAGAGACUUUGACGCUUUAUUUGAGGUUGCGAGUACGCCUGAAUUCUGUGCAAAUAUACGCGUGACUACUCCGGAACCAGACCGUAGGUCUGAUGUAUCGGCGGCGCAUUUCCCUUCACCCACUGCAUCCUCCCUUAGUCUAUUACCUCCUCGGCCACAGUCGGAGCCUGCGCCGAGUUCCUCUCCCUCUCCCUCCGCCCGUACGUCCUCGCUAUCGACGCCUCCAACACAACGAUCAUCUUUCGAAGCAGGAUCAAACUCAAAACCGAAGAAAGUUAGUUUUUUUCGAAAACUAAGUCGGGCAAAGGAGGCAUCCCCUUCUCGUCCAGCCACCAUGCAGCAGCCGUCGAUUGAGAUGGCUCUUCGGGAGCUGACUCAUCCGGCGCAUAAUGAUCAAUUGAAAAAUCAGCAACAAGUCACAUUCAAACUGGUCAAAACAGUCACGGACUUCACGACGCAGCUGUCACAACUUUACGAACGUCACUCGUCAGAACUACAACUGCUCGUUUCGACUUUUCGGAAACGGAAUAGCGAUCUGAGGAAAGAGAGAGCCAGCUGUCCCUCUUCUCUUUUCCAUACAUGGGAGACACUACUGCAGGAAGUUGAAGCUGAUGUUGUCUGUUACAACAACGCCGCUUCAUCGCUGGAGAGAGUGGUAGCGACCCCACUUCUUGAGAAAACCUUUCACAUGAAGGUGCAAGCGAGAAAACUCUUCGCUCAUCGAGAAGGCUGCGAAGUAAUACUCGGGAAGGCUGAUGAUCAGCUUAACAAGAGCCGUCAGGACUACAGGACAGCGUUCCUGAACUAUUGCAACAACUCGAACCCCGUGAACCUCGCAACGUAUUAUGACUCGCAUAACAAUUACGUGCAACAGCUGACCGCUACAAACGCCAUGAUUGAACAAUAUCAUAAGCAUACAUUACCUACAAUAUUACAGGAGCUGGAGGAAAUUUUGACUGACGUAACGACUGCUGUCAGUGACGCGAUUUGUCAAGAAGGAGAAAUAAUGACCGACAAGAGUAACAACCAGCUUCGGCGCUACGAGUCUCUAUGUGCGCAAGCGCGCGCAGUAUCGAGCACUGCAGACUUGGCGCAUCUUGCGCGUACGCUGCUAACCAACCAGCCACCAAUGCGGACGCCGCUACGUGCUUUCUUGCCACCGUAUCCACCAGAACCAGAUGAUCCGCCGCUUGACGUGGCUGCGGAGAGCAUGCCGCCAGUAUUACGUGGAGAGAUGUUGCUUGAUCGUAUGGGCGGAGGACAAGCACGGCUGAACUACGAGCAACUGAGAAAGGACGCUCAAGAUCUUGAAUUACAAAUCAAACAACUACAGGAUGGACUGGACUCUUUAGCUCGGCUGCAGGCUCGGAGCCUCGAGGGAAGCCUGUAUAAUAAAGUCAACGAAAUACAAGAGGAUAUAUCCGUCAAGAAGUACGACUAUCGCGCUACGCAGCUUCAUCUGGCUGCAGUUAGAGCUCAGAGAGAGCUUUUUGCGGCUAAAGCAGACAGCAGCACAACCGCAGCUGAUCGGAAGUUAUCGUCUUCAUCUGCAGGCAGCAUGAAGAAUAAGUGGCUCAAAGCCUUCCGUAGCCUGAAGCCUCCGAGCGCACCCCCACCUCAUGCAGCGCCACCGGACAAAAAAAAUCAAAUGUACCACGCGGUGUCUACGGUUAUGGCGAUGAGGAGGAACGGCGCAGCGCGUGAUAUGCGCUCCGGCGGUGACACGGACGCGCAUAAUUUCCAAGAGUAUACUUACAAGAAAAUCACUCCCUGCGAUGUAUGCUCUCAAGUACUUAGAGGGCACACUCGUCAAGGACUCCGAUGCAGGAUUUGUAAGAUGAAUGUACAUACUGAUUGUAUGCCACAAGUGGGUAAAUGUCAAACGAAAUCUCGACUUCUACGCAGACAAAAGAGCACCUCUGAAAUUGAGGCGCACAGAAUCCAAGAUGCAGCAUUUGACGAAGAAAAGGAGGAAGUGGAUCAGACCUAUCAAGUUCUGAAGCGGGCCAACGAAAUAGCGAAGCCGGGCGGCGGCGCGGGCGGCGGGGGUCCCAUAGUGCGGGUCUCGGCGCCGGAAGAGCCGCCGCCCGCGCGCUCCCCGGCGCGCCCGAGUGCUGGCCUGGCAGUGGCACCGCAGCCCGUCUCCUCCAGCUCAGCGCCGCACUCGCCGAGACGCCAAAAGUUGAACCUUAGGAUGAAGAGCCUGUCGCUGGACUCGCCGGAAUGUGGAGAGCUCAGGCGUCGCCCUCGGGACCAGCCCUCGCAGGGUAGCAGAGUAUUAUGUGACUACAGAACGUAUUGCAUGAAAUAUGGCUCUAAUAGAAUAAGUAAUCCCAUGUUCCACAACCAUGUCCAUACUCAGUCAUCUCCGUCCUCUCCGGUGCAUAGCCGACGACUUCUGAGUGCUAGAGGAGGCCGUAUGAGCAGUGUGGAACUGCCCGACGAACCUGAUAAGAGUCUGUCAUCGAACAGCGCUAGCCCAUGUCCGUCGCCAGUCAAGCAGCACAGCAAGCAUCAACGGCUAUUGCCUACGAACUUAUACGUGAUUCUGUACAACUUUAAGUCACGUCACGCUGAUGAAUUGGACUUGAAGGCGGGUUACAAGGUCACUGUCAUCGAUACAACUGACCCGGACUGGUGGAAGGGCAAGUGUCUCGGAAAGAUCGGUUAUUUCCCAUCAAAGUAUUGCAUGAGACUUCAAGCUGGAGAGAGACCUUUGCAAGUUACCCACAAUCUACAGGUGUCUGAUGGUGAUAAUGGACUCAUGCUGCUACGUGAUCAGAUCGUCGUUCAAGUUGGUGAUGAAGUUGAUGGCAUGGUGAUGAUCCGAAACGGUGAUAACCGAACUGGCGUGUGUCCGGUUAAAUUCUUACAGGAAGUGUGACGCUUUAAGCUACCACACUUCAAUGUCAUGAAGAGACGUGGCUCACUAUCUAAAGAAUCCAAUAAAUAUAACGAUCCAAAACCGACCCGAAGCGCACCGGUCACGCCCUGUGAAAGCGAAACAUCAAAUUGGUCGGACACUUACGAAUCGCAACGCUCAGACAAAGCGAGCUACGAAGCAUCCGUCGAAGGUGUGUGGUGGUGGCGAAGGCCCUUGGGAGUGAGACGUACAACCUGUAGAAGAUGUGGAGCCUCUUCCUCCUCGAGACCAUUAACCUUAACGCCCUGUACUGGAAUACCACUGGAUGACUAUGAUUACGACCGACGCCCCAUCAGGUCAGGUGACCGGCCGUUGAAUUUCGUUAGACAACUGUUUCUCUAAAUCUAUUACAUAAUAUUUUCGACUAUUUCACUUUUAAUACGAUGACUCAAAUUAGACGUACCAGAUACUUAUUAUCAAUGCUUUGGUAGUACUAAAUAAACGGUUUUUGUUGAUGUUAAUUUGACCUAAAAAUGAUUAUGAUGUCUAAGCUUUAUCGAUCCCGCUAUUUUGAUAUUUUGCUUAAAAUUUUGAAAUUUUUAUAUUUAUUACGGCCUAUUUAAUUCGAAAAAAUACAAUCCUUCCAUAUUCAGAAUUUACUUUAAGGGUAUAUUUUUUAUUAUUGCAUAAGUGUAUACAAAAAUAUAGCAACAUAUCAUUUUACAAAUACAAAUAUAGUUCCGUAUGUUUGACAUAAUAAAUAUUGUAAGUAAUUAUAUAAAAAAAAACCCUUAUAUUAUAAAUUUAUAUAUUCGAAUUUAACUGUUUACAUAAUUAGACUUAUAAUAACUAUUACCGUCCCAAACCGGGAGAUAGCUUUUCCAAAUGAUAUAUUACUUUUUUUCACUACAAAAAAAUACACUAAACAGUCAUAGAUGAGCACCCAUUAUAAACAAAGCAUUUAUUAAUACAAUUGAAUAAUAUAACUAAACCAAACUGUGACAAAAUACACCUCAGAAGUUACCAUAAGCUAUGAUAGCUGAGUAUGGAAAUAUAUUUUAUUAAAAUAAGUCGAUAAAACCAAUAAAAUACCCAACGAAUAAAUUUGCUCUAUUGACACAAGCGAUAUGUAGAUCAGUAGAUAAUAAAAUACCUAACAAAAGAAUUCAGACCAGUUUUUAAACUAUAAAAACAUUACAAAAACAUAAAUUAUAUAUCACACUUCAUUUUAAAAAGUAGUUUUAGUGCCAGGAAUCGAUCUAACAACUAUAGUAAUGUUUGUAAACGAGUAUAGUGCCUAUAAAA